AUGCCACUGAAAAGUCAUAUACGAUUUCCCGAUCCCGAAAUCCCAACAGACCUCACAAAAAUGAAGCCAACAUACCAGAAGCUACUCAACAAACACGUCCUCAUCAUCGGCGGGACAUCGGGCAUGGGAUAUGCGGUCGCCGAGGCUAGUCUUGCAUCCGGCGCAGACGUUACAAUUUCGUCCUCGAACCAGACCCGCAUCAACGAGCGGGUCAAACAACUUCAAACCGAUUACCCAUCACGAAGGGUGCAAGGGUUUGUCUGUGACUUGUCACGCGACACCCUCAAACAAGACAUCGAAGACCUGUUCAAGAAAGUCGGCAAAUUGGACCACAUUGUUUUCACUGCGACGGAACCACCCAAGUUGUUUACGUACGACGAGUUCACGUUAGAGUACUGGCGCAAUGCAGGCCAAAUGCGACUUUUUGCACCCUUUUUUGUUGCGCAAGUGGGAUCCAAGUAUCUGAAUCCUGGACUUGAGUCAUCUAUCGUUUUGACGACGGGGACAUCCUCUGAGAAACCUAUUGCAGGCUGGCCGGUUGUUGCCUCAUACGCAGCCAGCUUGAAAGGCCUUACUAGGAACUUGGCUUUAGAUUUAAAGCCGAUUCGUGUGAAUAUUGUUAGUCCUGGGUUUGUCGAGACGGAGUUGUGGGAUCAUCAGGACCCGGAGGCAAAGAAGGGUCUGUUUGAGUGGGUUAAGACUGCCACGGCAUUGGAGAAGAUUGGGAAGCCAGAAGAAAUCGCCGAAGCCUUCCUGUGGCUUAUGAAGGAUACAAAUGUCACCGGUAGUGUUGCGGAGACUAACUCUGGGAUGAAGCUGGUCUAA